AAUCAGCUAUUGGCUAUUAACUCAGAUAAAGAACGAUAAGAAUUAGGAAGCGUGAUGUGAUGCAACCUUGAAUUAGUAAUAAUGGCCUCCAUAGGAAGAAAUCAACAAUAUUUGAAUAACCUAUAAUAACAGUUUAAGAAAUUGAAUUGGACAAAGAGCGCCGAGUAAUUAAUGUGAAAGGAAUGAAUGAUUUUUGUAUUGCAAAAUAAAUUAGUGUACUUCACAUGACGGAUUUUCACGAGCAACAAUAAGCAUAGAGAGAAAUUUGGCAUUGCAGUGCAUCAUCGCAUUGAUUGAGUUGGAAAAUGGGUAGCAAAGGCAAACGCAAAGAGCAAGAAUCAAUAAUAACGAGGGUUAUGGCUCACGGAGGUAGAUACGUGCAAUACAACGUGUACGGAAACUUGUUCGAGGUCUCCUCCAAGUAUGUCCCUCCCAUUCGCCCUGUCGGUAGAGGCGCAUACGGCAUCGUUUGUGCUGCUGUUAAUUGCGAUACGCACGAGGAAGUUGCCAUAAAGAAGAUUGGUAACGCCUUUGACAACAUCAUUGACGCUAAACGAACUUUGAGGGAAAUCAAGCUCCUUCGCCACAUGGACCAUGAAAAUAUAAUUGCCAUUAGGGAUAUCAUACGACCUCCCAGAAAGGAUGCCUUCAAUGAUGUUUACAUUGUUUAUGAAUUGAUGGACACUGAUCUUCAUCAGAUUAUUCGUUCUGACCAACCUCUUAACGAUGACCACUGUCAGUACUUUUUAUAUCAGCUGUUACGGGGGCUGAAAUAUGUGCAUUCUGCUAAUAUCUUGCACCGUGAUCUUAAGCCCAGUAAUUUGCUUCUCAAUUCAAACUGUGACCUUAAAAUUGCGGACUUUGGUCUGGCAAGGACAACAUCUGAAACGGAUUUCAUGACGGAGUAUGUUGUCACACGAUGGUACCGAGCCCCAGAAUUGCUUCUUAAUUGUUCAGAGUACACCUCCGCGAUUGAUGUUUGGUCUGUUGGUUGCAUAUUUGGUGAAAUUAUGACCAGAGAACCCUUGUUUCCUGGAAAAGAUUAUGUUCAUCAACUGAGGCUUAUAACAGAGUUAUUAGGUUCACCUGAUGAUGCCAGCCUUGGAUUUCUCCGAAGUGGAAAUGCCAAAAGAUAUGUUCGACAGCUUCCACAAUAUAGGAAGCAAAAUUUCUCCGCUAGAUUCCCAAAUAUGUCUCCUGAGGCAUUGGAUCUACUAGAAAAGAUGCUUAUCUUUGAUCCCAACAAACGCAUUACAGUUGAUGAAGCACUAUGUCAUCCUUAUCUUUCAUCACUUCAUGACAUCAAUGAUGAACCGGUUGGUCCUGGGCAAUUCAAUUUUGAUUUUGAGCAGCCAACAUGCACUGAAGAGCACAUCAAGGAGCUCAUCUGGAGGGAAUCGGUGAAGUACAAUCCAGAUCCACCCAGUCAGUAAUUCUUUCUUGAAUGAUGAUUCCCUUAUUACUCUUGGGUGUAGACAUCCAGAGAGAGAUAAGUGAUUGAUAUGAUUAGUAAUGUAUUGUGACAAAAAGAGAGAUAUUGAGAAAUGAGAGGUGUGUAAGGGUGGUGAGAGAAUCCUUAUUCUUCUUUCUUAUUAGUAUAAAUGUAUCAAGAUAAACUUCUUUCACCUUAAAUACAGUGCCUGUUCAUUAUUCAGAUAAGUUGCUGCACACAGAAAGUCAGAAACUUUGUUCUUGUAAUCUAGUCCUAAGCAUUUAGAAUACAAAGGAAAAUGAAUAUUCAUUAGGAAUCCAAUUGAAUAUUGCUAGCAUUCAGACAAGUUAUAAAAACCGUUGUAUUAUGUUGAAGUUUGCUUAAUGAGAAAUGGAAGUCAGGGUUUAGGGAAA